AUGACAGCUACAACUCGUACUCUGUGCCCGAUCCAUGGCUUCGACGCAAGUUUGUCGUCCUGUGCGCACGCUUGCGAGCACACUAACGUUAGGUUCGUGUUGGCUCUUGCCGUGUGGGUGUGCUAUGUGGCCAUCGGACGCACUUUCGUGCCCGCUAUCAGGCGUCACCCAAACGCGGCUUACUCGCGCACCGUGGGCAUCGGGCUUCUCGUGGCGUUCAUCGUCCUGUUCAUCGUGUUCAUGUGGACGUAUCUGACGAUCAUUUUCACAGGGCCCGGCUUUGCGAAAGAUUUCGUCCCAGAAUCAGAAGACCCCUCGUGGCGGAACACGCAUGCCAUCACCCCGCAUGUCGUCCACAGCAAUUACACCCAAGCCGACUUACGCAACGGGCAGCAGCUUUCUUCUCCUCAGCCAGAGACUGUCCCCGUCGGCCACGACUUCCCGACAUCAUUCUCGGGUACAUCGGCGAGAUUCUCCAACCACGGCGAUCUCACCUCGUUUGGUGGCCGGGUAUCACAGGAAGCAGCCCCUUAUUCCUCCCUCCGACCGCACCAACAUGAGACGGAGGCCGCACCGGUAGUGCUUCCCACGAUACCUACCCCCGCCUUCACUACAAACCCUCGACCUAUCUCGGCGCCUCCGACAACUAUAAGCUCGAGAAUACCUCGGCCAACGCCGGCGAUCUCUGUUGGACCUCGAUGGUGUGCGCAUUGCAAGAUCAUCAAACCGGAUCGCACUCACCACUGCCGUCAUUGCGGCAGCUGCAUUCUCCAAUUUGAUCAUCAUUGCGUAUGGGUGGGGCAAUGUGUUGGCUGGAGAAACCAUGCCGUAUUCAUUACAUUCUGCUUUUGGGCGGGCGUUUUCUGCUGCUUCAGUUGCACUGUGCUGGUGGUGGACUCUUGUCUCGCUCCUGAGGUGGACGGGCAGAAGAUCGCCCUUAUUACCAUUGCGGGCAUCUUGUUCAUUUUUACGCUACUCAUGAUGUUCCCGACCCAUGUCUACCUCGUACUAGUGGGCAGGUCUACAAUCGAGUCGUUCCAGACGGGCGACCAACAGCGAGCAGAAGAGGCGGCUCUCAAGCUUGAGUUCAACAAUCCCAUGUGUCCGACAAAGGACGUCCGUGCUGUUAGGAAGCAGUGGAAGGAGGAGUUUGGUGGGGUGGCUGUGAACGACCGAUGGAAGGUCGGGCGGGCAAGGGAUCGAUGGAGGCGGGAGAUGGGCAACUCACCGCUCGGCUGGAUUCUGCCGAUCGGUCGCCCGCUUGGUGACGGGAUCCACUACGAGCAGAACCCUCGCUUUGGCCCAAAUGGCGAGUGGCUGCCUAUGCGACAAUGGCCACAGGAAGCAGGCAGGUUGUAGGCCCAUUGCAUAUCACGCAACUUGCAUAUGACACAUUGGCUCGAAGGCAGCAUGCUACAGUUCCAGAUGGACAGUAGAGCUGUGACUUGUUGCUACGGCGUCAUUAUUUCCAUCGCAUGCACCCAGGAGAGCCUUAUCGAUCCGGAGUACCGGGGUUUGUUUGGUUCCGGGCCAGAGAGAUACGUCCCUCCACCCUCCACCGUCAACCACCUUCCUUGAC